AUGGCAAAAUUAAAUAUAAAGCGCAGAGUUUGUUCUCGGGAAUCUUCAGUAUCUUCUCUGUUAGCAAGCUGCAACCUGAGUGGUAGUAAUUCCUCUAACUCUGAUGGCUCUUUUCAGUAUAAGGAUAGACUGUACAGUUCUGCAUCUCAGGCUCUGCAGGCCUAUAUUGAUGAUUUUGAUCUAAGCCAUAUGUAUCUUGGUGCGAGCACUGGAAAGAUUAACAUCGCUAAAUGUUCUGCUAAUAUGCCAGAAUUCUCCAGCUAUGUUUAUAAACCAAAGAAUGCUUUUGAAAAUCUUGAUGACAAAAAAGAUUUGUCCUUAUCCUGUAGAGGACAGACUAUUAAUGACAUGGACUCCAUUAGCCUAACAACUGAUGAUCUAUUAAAACUUCCAGCAGAUGGAUCAUUUUCUUUCACUUAUGUUGGAGCAGGUCAUGGAAUUAGCAAGAAAAGCAAGAAACAUACUGGAAGACUGAGUUCAUCCAACAGUGAAAAGAAUCAAAAUUUUCAAGAACCAGCCACUCUCCUGGGCAAGGAUAACUUAGUUACCCCGGUUGUUUACACAAAUGUAAAAGGAAAGCAGUGUGGUAGGCUGAAAAACCCAAAACUUGUGAAUAAGGUUAAUAAAUGUGUUUCUGUACCAUCUUUAUCUUUUAACAAGAAAUCAUCUUUUAGGGACAGUUCAGAAUACAAACUUGAAAAGAAUUACCCAAGAUGGCUCACUAGCCAGAAGUCUGACCUUAAUGUUUCAGGGAUAACGAGUAUACCAGAUUUCAAAUACCCAGUCUGGCUCUACAAUCAAGACUUGCUGCCCGAUACAGAUAGUCAAAGGAUUUAUCAAAUAUUUAAAGAAGAUCACUGUUCCCCUAGGCAUAGUUACCAGGCACAAAGAACUUCUCGGCUAAUGAAUAAAUUAGACUGUUUUGAAUAUUCUUUUGAACCUUCAAACAAUUCACAUUCCUUGAGUGAUGAUAAAGGAUUAGUUAAUGAAUAUAAAUGUGAUUCUGAACAUAGCCAAUGUCAGUGUGACAAUCCACUUCUCCCAGGAUCCAAAAAGCCAUUCAGCGGUGACAGAAUUGAAUUGCUUAUCCUGAAGGCCAAGAGAAAUCUAGAGCAUUGUACUGAAGAAUUACCGAAGUCUAUGAAAAAGGAUGACAGUCCUUGUUCAUUAGAUAAACUUGAAGCAGAAAGAUCAUGGGAAAAUAUUCCUGUUACUUUCAAAUCUCCUGUUCCGGUUAACUCUGAUGAUAGUGUUCAACAAACUUCAAGGGCAAAGUAUGCUGACGGGUUCCUUGCAGACUUUUUAAAUAAUGAUAAUCAGAGCUGUACCCUUUCUGGAGGGAAACACCAUGGUCCUGUUGAAGCCCUGAAACAAAUGUUAUUUAAUCUUCAAGCAGUGCAAGAAAGUUUUAAUCAGAAUAAAACCACAGAGCCAAAAGGCAAAAUUAAACAAGUUUCAGAAGAUGAUUUCUCUAAAUUACAGUUGAAGGAAAGUAUGGCUCCUAUUAAUAGGUCACUUCAAAAGGCUUUGCACCAUUUAUCUCGCCUGAGAGACCUGGUUGAUGAUUCCAGUGGGAAACAGUCACCGAAAAUAUGA